AUGAUCUUCGGUAUCAAGAAGACAAUCUCUUUCCUGAGCCAGGGCACUACCCUGCUGCCAGGAGAUGUCAUUUUCACAGGAACCCCUGAGGGCGUCGGCAUGGGCCGCAAACCCCAGUUGUGGCUGAAGGACGGGGACGUUGUCGAGGUUGGUCUUGAAAAUGUAGGCUCUUGCACCAACAAGGUGGAGUUUGGCAAGUUGAAGUCAAAGAUCUGA